CUGGUUCUCGUUAUCUUCUGUCUUGUGCACAGAGGCAGUCAUUGUUUCUGAUUUUGCUUCUUAAGACUCUCAGAGGGAAGUUGAGGUAAUGGACCCGCGAACAAAUUGUAAUCCUCGCACUGUUGAAGAGGUUUUCAGGGAUUUCAAAGGCCGAAGAGCUGGAAUGAUUAAAGCCCUUACAACGGAUGUUGAAGAUUUUUACAGCCAAUGUGACCCUGAGAAGGAGAAUUUGUGCUUGUAUGGACUCCCUAGUGAGCAGUGGGAAGUGAACCUACCUGCUGAAGAAGUUCCUCCAGAGCUUCCCGAGCCUGUUCUGGGAAUUAAUUUUGCCAGGGAUGGCAUGCAAGAAAAAGACUGGUUAUCUUUAGUCGCAGUCCAUAGUGAUGCAUGGUUACUUUCCGUGGCCUUCUAUUUUGGAGCCAGAUUUGGUUUUGAUAGAGCUGACAGAAAACGACUUUUCAAUAUGAUCAAUGAACUGCCAACAAUUUUUGAAGUUGUUACCGGUACAGCAAAGAAAGAAGUGAAGGAGAAGUCUUCAAAUCAAAGCGGCAGCAAAUCUAAGUCUGGCUCUAAGGUGAGAGCCUCAGAAAGCCAGGGUAGACAAUCGAAGAUGUUGCAACCCAAAGAUGAGGAUGAAGUUCCAGACGAGCAAGAUGAAGAUGAUGAACAUGGAGAUACCUUGUGUGGGGCAUGCGGUGAGAAUUACGGUACUGAUGAGUUCUGGAUUUGCUGUGACAUCUGUGAGAAGUGGUUCCAUGGCAAAUGUGUGAAGAUUACCCCUGCAAGGGCGGAGCAUAUCAAGCAAUACAAAUGCCCAUCAUGCAGUAACAAGAGAGCUCGGUGCUGAUGGCUAGGUUCUGUCAUUGCAAGGCGGUGCUAGC